AUGGCCGGCCUGUCGCUGGCGCCUUGUGGCGCCUGCCGGGGCUCCGCCACUGUCUACCGCGUCGCCCGCGCGGUCUCCUCGUCAUCCUCGAGGGUGCCCCUGGGCCCCACGCGCGUCAGGAUGCUCAAGGCGGCCGGCCCGCGCUCCGCGCGGCUGCCUGGUGUCACCGUGCGCGCUGUUGCUGCUGACAAGGCCGCGUCCGCGGAUUCCGCGAAGACCGGCAGCGCGGUGCGCGUCAGGUUCGCUCCUUCGCCCACGGGCAACCUGCACGUUGGCGGGGCGCGGACGGCGCUCUUCAACUGGCUCUACGCGCGCAACCAGGGCGGCAAGUUUAUCAUCCGCGUCGAGGACACCGACAAGGCGCGCUCCACGCGCGAGUCCGAGGAGGCAGUGCUGCGGGACCUCAAGUGGAUGGGCCUCGACUGGGACGAGGGCCCGGACACGGACGGCGGCCACGGCCCGUACCGCCAGAGCGAGAGGACGGACAUCUACAUGAAGUAUGUCAACCAGCUCGUGGAACAGGGACAGGCGUACCCGUGCUUCUGCACCGACGAGGAGAUCGACCAGAUGAAGGCCGAGGCCGAGGAGAAGGGCAUUCCGCCGGUGUACCGCGGCAAGUGGAAGACCGCAAGCAAGGAGGAGGUCCAGGAGCGCCUCGACGCUGGCGAGACGCCCGUGUACCGUUUCCGCGUCCCGGAGGACCAGGACGUCACCGUGAAGGACUCCGUGCGCGGCGAGGUCACGUGGAACACGGACACGCUGGGCGACUUCGUCAUCAUGCGCUCGAACGGCCUGCCGGUGUACAACUUCUGCGUGACGGUCGACGACGCGUUGAUGGGCGUGUCGCACGUCCUGCGCGCCGAGGAGCACCUCCCCAACACGCUGCGCCAGGUCCUCAUCUACCGCGCCCUCGGGUUCGAGCCCCCGGCGUUCGGCCACAUGUCGAUCAUUCUCGCCCCCGACCGCUCGAAGCUGUCGAAGCGGCACGGCGCGACGUCCGUCGGGCAGUUCGCGGACAUGGGGUACAUCCCCGAGGCGAUGAUCAACUACCUCGCGCUGCUCGGCUGGAACGACGGCACGGAGCAGGAGAUUUACGAGAUCGAGGAGCUGACGUCAAAGUUCACGCUGGACCGCAUCACGAAGUCGGCGGGGGUGUUCGACGUGGAGAAGCUGCGGUGGAUGAACGGGCAGAUCCUGCGCGCGCUCCCGGACGAGGACGCCACCGCGCGCGUGGGGGCCUUUUUGGCGAAGAAGGGGGUGUUGGCCGCGGACAAGGAGAAGUCCCCCUGGGUCGCGCGACUGGUCGCGGCGACGAAGAAGAGCCUCGACCUGCUCGCGGACGCCGAGAAGGAGAUCGCGGACGUGGUCUCGUACCCGCUCGAGGAGACGGUCGCCUCGGACGCCUGCCAGUCUGUCAUCGAGGACGACUUCGGCCAGCUGUGUCAGGCGGUCCUCGCGGCGUGGGACUCCGGCGAGCUCGCCAAGGUCGCCGCCGAGGAGGGCGGCCUCGAGACGUGGUUCAAGGCCGUCGGGAAGGAGCAGGGGCGCAAGGGCAAGCGGUUGUUCCUCCCCAUGCGCGUGGCGCUGACCGGGAAGCUGUCCGGGGCGGACAUCGGCGACCAGCUGCUGCUGCUGUCGACUGAGGACGGCGAGCUGGUCGACCGCGACGCGAUCGUGUCGCUCGAGCAGCGCAUGGAGCGCCUCCGAGCGUACACCGCCUCCCUGUAG